UGUGUAGUCGCUGUUUAUGACGCUAAAAGGGGAUUAAAUCAACUAUCGAUAUACGGAUUUCACAGCAAGAUGGCGGAUAUAAAUACGAAACAAAUGCUUCAGAAAAGUGCAAAGAUUGCAGCGGGAGCAGUGGUGUGCGUAGAGAGUGAAAUAAGAGGAGACGUUACAAUUGGUCCUAGGACAGUGGUACAUCCCAAGGCUCGCAUUAUAGCAGAAGCCGGCCCCAUUGUCAUUGGAGAAGGCAACCUGAUUGAAGAACAGGCUAUGAUUUGUAAUGGCUUUCCAGAAAACAUCACACCAGACACGGACAGUUGGGAGCCCAAGACUAUGACAAUUGGAACAAACAAUGUUUUUGAAGUGGGAUGCACAUCACAAGCUAUGAAAAUUGGUGAUAACAAUGUCAUAGAGUCUAAAGCUGAAGUAGGUAGGAAUGUAAUCCUCACCAGCGGUUGCAUCAUUGGAGCCUGCUGCCAGGUGAAUACAUGUGAGGUCAUUCCAGAGAAUACGGUCAUCUAUGGAUCAGAGUGCAUGCGCCGUGUGCAGACUGAAAGACCUCAGCCUCAGACGCUCCAGCUAGAUUUUCUAAUGAAGAUUCUUCCCAAUUAUCAUCAUCUCAAGAAGACUGUCAAAGGAAACUCUACUCCUACAAAAAACUGAAUGUUAUGUGAACUGAUUUUGUUCUCAGCAUCACCUGGCCUGCACACCAUAAAGGUAUUUUAUGUUUAUACUGAACAGACCUCUUUUAACAAUUGUGAUGUUUCUCAUGAAUGAAAAAACAAAACCUUGGGACACCCAGCAUGUUUUUUUGAAAAGCAUACCCUUAGAAAUGAAAAAUGAAACUGAAGUUAUUUUUUUUUUUUAGGUUGAGCCUGUAAGAUGUUUUGUGGUGCACAUUAUUCAUAUUUUAAAUUAUUUUAGUAGUUGCUGCUGUAGCUACAAAAACCUAUACAUCAUAAUGUUUCUUUAUUAUGUUUUUACCUACAAUUGUUGAAGUAAAACUGAAACCCUUCUGUUCAUUCCAAUACUCUAAAAAAUAAAGCUAAGAAACAGUUAAUGUUUUCAUGUAAUACCAUUGUUAUCGCUAAAUAAAGAUAACUAUUUAAUAAUAUUUUCUUUUUAGUUUUUGUAGCCAGAGCAUUGCAUAUUAAUACUCCUUUUGUGUAAAGGUAAUGCAUUUAUCCUUAUAGUCAGACCUAGAUGUCUGUGUGUUUAAAAAGCACUUUAAUAGCUUUAAUAGCUUUUCAUGCGGAAAUGAAUAAAAAAAAAUGUUAUGAAAGCACUACCCAGCCAGUUACAAAUUUUUAGGCAUCACUGUAAAUAAAUGUUUUGCAGAUAUGGGCAGUGUAUCAGCACUUUGUUCCUCUCAUCUUGUGCGGAUAAACUCCCCUUUUUGUAUGUUUCACUCCAAGUUAUAUAUCCACUUUGAUCAGCAGACAUAUAUACGUUCUCCCAAUCUCUUUUUUUACUGUUUGUUUUUCUCCUGAUGGAAGGAGCUCAAAUUGGUGGUGGUCAUGACAGUCAAUGAUCAUACUGGCCUUCUGCACUAUUUGACGUUCUGUAGAUGUCUUGAAGCUGUAGUUGUUGUGCACCAAUAAUUUUGCUGGCUACCUUCACAAUCCUGUAGUUAUUGUGUGUGUUAAGGUUACCAACUCAGUUAGGACAGAUGCAAUCUAAUUCCAGUGGAUUCUUCUCCAUGCUUGAUAAAUAUAAGAAGUAAGAAUCCAUCCUUAGAGAUUGUGUCAUCCUAGCUGCUUGCUUGACACACCAUAAAAAAAUAAGUAAGAGAGGCAUCAAAUAUCCCAUUUCUGUUUUUUUGUUAAUGCAUGAACAUUUUUUAAUGAAAAAAACUCAAGAUAUUGAUAUAGCUAUAUCAAACGUAACCCCUUCUUCGUCAUACAUAUGAUCAUUUCCUUUGUAGUAUGCAGUGAGCCUUUUAAAAAGGAUAUUUCCUGUUUUAAAAAUCCAUAACAUCUUCAUUCUAUUCAGCUUCAUGGUUGUGCCAGAGCCUGGCAAGCAACACGCACCAGGCUGGGUACUCCCUGGGUUGGGACGCAGUCUGUCUGAACAGUUUAUUCAUUUUUAUUUUUGCCAUGUCUUUAAGUUUCACAAGGUGGUGCUGCUGAGCCAUAAAUGCAUACAGUUAGCAUCGGUCCUGGUUUACUUGUAAUUGCACUGGAAGGUGGAGCGUUCAGAGGCAACAUAUUGUAUGCUAAGGUUUUCUAUUACAAUAAUGUAAUAACAAAGGCUAGUGAUGCAGAAGAAAAUGAUGUAAAUUGAAUAAAAUAUUUUAGUUAGUGUCUGGCCUUGGUUAACCUUUGUGGUAAUGGUAACUGUAUAUGAUGUACAGUGUAUAUAUUCUUGUUCUGUUUCAUUAAUAAAAAUCUGCCUUGCUUCAAUCCCUUCCCAUAUUUACAGUAUACAAAGUGUAUUUUUGGUCUCUAGUUGGUUACCAAGCAAAAUAAAUCCUCCUCUGAUUUAA